AUACGCCAUGCAGCCAUCGUGGGGUCUCUAUGUGCUUUAGCUGUGAGCGUUUUGAGCCCGGCGAGUCCGGUGGUGCUCCUUCUCUUCAGCUUUGAUCUAUCGCAGACUCACCAAAGGAAGUCGAUCGACGUGUGUAAUCUUUUGAAGCUUAAAUCAUGUUCCGUGUUGCCAGUUUGCAGCUGAGGGCUCUUAAGCAACUUACACAGAAGGCCGAUAUAUUUGGCUCUGACCGGAGAUUUGCCAGCACAAGUGUUGCCAAAAGAUCAUCAGGUGGUUUCUUUAGCUGGCUUACUGGUGAAAAAUCUGGCCAGGUUCCUCCUCUAGAUUUUCCACUUCCUGGCAUUAGACUUCCUCCCCCUUUGCCUGAUUAUGUUGAGCCAGGAAGGACAAAGAUCACAACUCUUCCAAAUGGUGUCAAAAUUGCCUCAGAAACCUCACCAAGCCCCGCUGCUUCGUUAGGGCUGUAUGUGGACUGUGGUUCAAUAUAUGAAACACCGGAUUCAUUUGGGGCUACACAGCUGUUGGAACGGAUGGCCUUCAAGAGCACAACUAACAGAAGCCAUCUACGCAUUGUGCGUGAAGUAGAAGCCAUAGGUGGAAAUGUGAGUGUUUCAGCUUCUCGUGAACAGAUGGGAUAUACUUGCGAUGCUUUGAAAACUUACAUGCCCCAAAUGGUUGAGUUGCUUAUUGAUAGUGUGAGAAAUGCAGUUUUCCUCGAUUGGGAAGUUAAUGAACAGGUGAAUAAAGUUAAGGCAGAGACGGCUGAAGCUUCUAACAAUCCACAAAGUUUGCUUUUGGAAGCUAUUCACUCUGCCGGGUAUAGUGGUGCGUUGGCGAUUCCUUUAAUAGCUUCUGAAUCUGCCUUGAAUAAUUUAAGUAGUGGCAUCUUGGAGCAAUUUUUGGUUGAAAACUAUACCGCUCCUAGAAUUGUACUUGCAGCAUCUGGUGUGGAACACGAGGAGUUGGUCAAAAUUGCUGAACCACUACUAUCUGAUCUUCCAAAAACAGCCCGUCCUGAGGAGCCAAAGUCUGUUUAUGUGGGAGGAGAAUAUCGACGUCAAGCAGAUUCUACGCAGGUAACACAUCUUGCUCUUGCUUUUGAAGUUCCUGGUGGUUGGCAUAAGGAAAAGGAUGCCAUGGCUGUCACAGUACUUCAGAUGCUUUUGGGAGGCGGUGGCUCUUUUUCUGCUGGAGGUCCGGGGAAGGGGAUGUAUUCUCGGCUGUAUCGAAAUGUCUUGAAUGAGUUUCAGCAGAUCCAAUCAUUCUCAGCUUUUAACAGUAUUUACAACAGUACUGGCAUUUUUGGAAUCCAUGCAACUACUGGUUCAGAUUUUAUUUCUAAAGCUGUAGACAUUGCGGCCAAGGAGUUGCUAGCUGCUGCUACCCCUGGACAAGUUGACCAGGUGGAACUAGAUCGUGCUAAACAGGCCACCAAGUCUGCUGUUUUGAUGAACCUGGAAUCAAGAAUGGUAGCAUCAGAGGACAUAGGACGGCAGAUUUUGACAUAUGGAGAAAGGAAACCUAUUGAUCAUUUCCUUAAGGCAGUUGAUGAGGUCACUCUAGAUGACAUUGCUUCCCUUACUGAAAAGAUAAUUUCAUCACCUCUGACAUUGGCUUCUUUUGGAGACGUUGUCCAUGUGCCUGGUUAUGAAUCAGUAAACCUUAAGUUUCACUCCAAAUGAAAAUCUCAUACACAAAUGGAUGCUGUCUUCCACAAAAUCAGUUUUGCAUUGUAGUUCUCCUGUUAUGGCACAUUUUUUAAAGAAAGUAUCUUGGAUGAAUAAUUAUGCGAACCCUUCCAGUCAAGUCUUCUUAAUAAUCCCCCUUUAUCAGUUUAAAUUUGAAUGUAUGAAUCAUCUGGGCAUGUUAAUCUCCCAGAUAUUGAAGAGGACUUUAUUUUGCUUGU